GUGAAAUCUGCCUAGCAACCGGGGAAGCCGGGCUGGGAAGCGGGUAAUUUCAGUCUGAGGAGAAACCCGGAGUCCCGCGGAGGUGCCGCCACCUUCAACCCCCCCUCCCCCCGCCUUCUGCCCCUCGCCUCUACAGCUCUGUCUCUAGUCGGGGACGUCCCCCCACUGAGGACAGUCACCUUCAUCUCGCUCCUUCGCAACCCCCCCCCCCGCCCUGUCCCUCAGCACCCCACAGCCCCACUGUCCGGAGCGCGCGCCCCCGCCGCGGGAGGGGGAGAGUGGUGGACGACACGGGGACGGCAGCGGCGGCGCGCAGCGCGUGGCGUCCCCGAAGCGCGCCCCCGACUACAGCCCCACACACCCCGCACGACACACGCUCGGUCCGUCGCCGCUGCCGCCACCUGAAGGAGCCGCUGGGACCGUCCCGCCCUCCCGGGCGUCCGCCCCAGGCCGCUGCUGCCCUCCGGAGCCGCGCAGGAGGCUCCGAGACAACUUUGGCUGGCCGGUUCAUCGACAGAUUGAAGUUAUUUUCUCACUGAUUUAGCCUUCAUAUAUGGCCAGCUGAUGUAGCCAAGAGUUACUGCACAUAGGAGUCAGAACUUCAGAAUGACUGAAGAAGCAUGCAGAACACGGAGUCAAAAACGAGCACUCGAACGUGAAACAACUCUAAAUGAUGUGGAUAGUAAAAAAAUAAAAAUGGAGAAAGGAUUACUGGGAUCAGACCACAAGACUGAAAGUGACUUGAAAAUGAAGUCUGAACCUGGAGCAGCCAAGGUCCAAGGAUUACUAAAAGGAGGAGAGGUCAAGGCAACUAUUAAGGUGGAAGUCCAGACAAGUGAUGAGCCAGUGGAUAUGAGUACCUCAAAAAGUGAUAUGAAGCCAGAAAAGAGAGUUCCCUCACCUGAUAUUAUAGUGUUAUCAGACAAUGAGCCUUCAAGCCCUAGAAUGAAUGGCUUAACAAAAGUACCACUAAAGGAGACCAACACCGAAGCUCUCUUGAAGAGCAGUCCAGAAGAACGAGAGAGAAUGAUCAAACAACUUAAAGAAGAAUUGCGAUUAGAAGAAGCAAAACUUGUUUUGUUGAAAAAGCUAAGACAAAGUCAGAUACAAAAAGAAGCCAUUACCCAGAAGCCUGCUGGCUCCUCUGGGAAUGCUGUGGCCACCCCUCCCCCUUUGGUACGGGGAACACAAAACAUUCCUGCUGGCAAGCCAUCUCUUCAGGCUUCAUCUACAAGAAUACCAGGCAAUGUUAUUCCCCCUCCUCUGGUCCGUGGAGGCCAACAGACAUCUUCAAAGCUGGGGUCUCAGCAGAACACACAGAUAGUGAUGCCCCCUCUUGUUAGAGGAGCACAGCAAAUCCAUAACAUCAGACAGCAUUCCAGCACGGGGCCACCUCCUCUACUUCUGGCACCAAGGGCAUCUGUGCCUAGUGUGCAGAUUCAGGGACAGAGAAUUAUACAGCAGGGUCUCAUUCGUGUUACCAAUGUCCCCAACACUAGUCUGCUGGUGAAUAUCCCACAGGCCUCACCAACUUCAAUUAAGGGUACAACAGUCACAUCUGCUCAGGGUAAUGCAACUACCACUGGAGUUCCAUCCAUAGUGAAUGCCAAUGAUUCACCAGCCAGCCGGCAAGCUGCUGCAAAGCUUGCCCUACGCAAACAGCUGGAAAAGACACUCUUAGAGAUUCCCCCUCCUAAACCACCUGCUCCGGAGAUGAAUUUUCUACCCAGUGCAGCCAACAAUGAAUUUAUAUACCUGGUUGGAUUAGAGGAAGUGGUACAGAAUCUCUUAGAAACUCAAGGCAAAACUUCAACUGCAGCUUUAUCCCAUGAGCCCUACAUGUGUGCUCAAUGUAAGACUGAUUUCACCUGCCGAUGGCGAGAAGAAAAAAAUGGAACCAUUAUGUGUGAAACUUGUAUGACAUCAAAUCAGAAAAAGGCACUGAAGGCUGAACACACAAAUCGCCUGAAGGCUGCUUUUGUGAAGGCUUUGCAACAGGAACAAGAAAUUGAACAGCGGAUAUUGCAGCAGACGUCUUCUCCAGUGCAGACCAAGUCAGAGCCAAUGACCCAACAUCAUUCACUGAAACAGGUCAUAAAACCACGGCGUAAGUUGGCGUUCUACUCAGGAGAGGCCUGCGACUGGAGUAAAGGGGCUGUGCUGCAGACUUCUAGCCCCCUGGCCCGAGGCCCCCCAGGGGCUCCCCGAGGAGUCUUGCACACAUUUAGCCAGUCACCUAAACUUCAAAAUACAGCAGCUGCUGCAGCACUUGUUACCAGGCCAGGUAAGCAUGCUGAGAGACCUGUCAGCAAGGGCAAUGCUACCACCAACUGGAAGAAGACUCCCAUCAACACAGGUGGCGCUCUUACUUUUGUUAAUCCUAGUUUAGCAGUACAUAAAAGUUCUUCAGCAUUAGAACGUCAGCGUGAAUAUCUGUUAGACAUGAUCCCACCACGAUCCAUCCCUCAGUCUGCCACAUGGAAAUAAUGCAAAGCAAAGCCCAAGUGGAAGAUUUCCCUCUUUCUGCCAUCCUUUUUUUAUGCCACAGUACAGUGUGGGACCUGCUUUAGCCCAACAGCUGGAUAUGCCCUCUCCCCUUUUUUGAAGGAAGCAAGAUGACCAAUACUCAACUUCACAGUGCUACUGUUCUCAUGAUAUGAGAAUAACUGCUGGGUUGUGGAAACAGAACUUUUUGAUACUUUGGCUAGGAAAUUCUCAAGAUUGGCUGGUGGUGAAGGGCAGAAGGGUGGAAUUAACAUUACGGGGGUGGGGGGGUAUGGGUUUUUUUGGUUUUGUUUUUUGUCUUUAGUUUCACAUCACCAGCACAAAAUUGGGACUAAAUGGACUUGUUCUGCCUUUGGUUCUUUCACGUUAGUACCUUGCCAGUCACAAGAACUUGUGAGAUGCACUGGAGACCAAGAAUGCCCUUGUGUGAAUAGUGAAAAUCAGAACCCAGUGAUUACAGAUGUGUUUAGUGGGUUGGAUUUUAUUUUAUUUUAUUUUUUGUCUCCUCCCAUCUUUCCACCCUUUUCUGACUGCCUCCCCUCACGGCAAUCUUACAGAUUGAAAUAUUUUUUAAUCAGCUCAUAAUAAUGGAGUUAGUGAUAAAGAAGUACAAACUCAAGUAUUCCAGUUGGGCAUGAUUCCUUCCUGGAGUGGUUUGUGCUUGGGAAGGCACCAUUAAUAGGAACCCAUGGCAUAGACGUCUUAUUUUCAGCAGAAUUUGUUGGACAGACUUCAUGAGAAGCUCGAAGGCCUAGCCCUGAAAUUAUUGAACGUUGAGCAGCCGCUGUCUCGGCCACAUUCCUCCAACAGAGAGCAUGCUGCUUACUUUUAAGUUUCCAGAAACUAGGACAUUUAUCAAAAGAACAAAACAAGAAAAAAACUGAAAAAUAAUACAAAACUAGAAACUCAGGAAAGCUGCAUGUUAUUGAAAAGAAGUGAGGAGAUAGAUUGUGGCAAAGCCAAGAAGGUUGGUUGGGGGGGAUAGGGGUGGGGGAUUUUUAUUUUGUUUUUCUUUUCCUACUGUUUGUUAUUGAUGGACAGAACUGUGAGCUAUCCUAGUAUAUGCUCUUGUCAGAUGUCAGCAGCAAAAGCACAGAAUGGGUGUGCUUUAGGUAGUAUAUAAAAAACUGCCUAAUCCUGAUUUUUUUUUCUUCCUGCCCACCCAUCUCCUUUGUUCCAUACAUACCAAGCCUGUUCCUCUCAUCACAUCACUUCAGUGUUUCAUUUUGGGGAGAGCUUUAGAUACCCCAUCUUUAAAGUCAGGGUUGCCUACACUGUUAGUUUUGGGUUCUUUUAGUCCACAGAAACAUUGAGAAGGAUUAAGUCUACUUUUCUUUUUCUCCUUCAGAUUGUUCUAAAGUGGCAGAGGUUACCUAUUUUUUUGUUUGUUUUUUAUUGGUGCCAGAAUUAGUUCUGACAUUAAUGCAUCACAAAAAAUAUAUAAAUGUGUGUACAUGUAUAUUAGUAUAUGUAUACACAUACAUACAUAUAUACAUUUGCAUGUACAAAUGUAUAUAUGUGUACACGUGCACAUGUGCGCACAAGGGGAUUACUGGCAGAUUUCCACUAGUCUGAUUUUAUCAUUGGCCACACUUAGGUAUUUAAUUUAAGAACAUUCUGUAGGGCAUCCCUCUUGAAAUCCAACUAUUGCAUUCUAAUAAAAAGCUCAUUUUAACCCCCCCUUCUGUUGUGUGAAUAAUAUCAAUGUUUAGGUAACUACUUGAUAUAUGCAAUAGAAUAGAAGACCUAGUUUACAAAAUGUUUUUUUGUUGUAUAAAACCCUAGAAUUCACAUUUGACUUUUAUUUUGUGUAUGAUGAGUUAGACAAGAUGAGAGAGGUCCUGGGAGGGGGAGUACCCAACUUGUUUUGUUUUCCAUUCCAAGUUAAGAUGAGGUCUGGGAUUUAAGGGAUGGGGAAAAUACACAUUCAGGAAAACAAAAGGUGCAUUUUUGCAUCAUAAUAUCCAAGUAUGCAAAUAUUUCUACUCCUUGAGAGGAUGGGGAGGGUCAUGCCUGGCAAAUAAAUUCCUGUCUUAUACCCUUUUUGAGCUAACUAGCCAUUUCUGUUUUAUAUGAGCCAAAUUGUGUGUCUGAGAUAGGGGAUGUUUAUAUAUUAAAAAAAAAAAAAUCCCCAGGCCUCCUGGACUCUAAAUGAAGAAAAUGUUAUUGAUUGUUUCUUUUGGCUUUGAACUACUGUGCCUAUGUAAUGAAACACCUUUGUGCAGGAAGGUAAGAUUGGAGUCUGUAUUUGAGGAGGAUAAAAACUGAAUUAUAGGGGAAAGAGCCACCCAAUAGAAAAGUUAUAAUUGAAAAUGACAGUACUAUUUAAAGGGCCUUCAGUGGUUCAGAGAAAACUAUUUAAUAAAACAAUGUAGCAAUUUAAAAGAAAAUAUCCAGGGUAAAAAAGUUACUUGGGAUGAGGUACAUAAUAUUUUGGUUCAGAAAUGGAGUUUCUUGGCUCUCUUUAACCAUUGAGUGUGUGUGCCAUGGUAUAAUUAGAUCAUAUAAACAAAUCAGAAACAAGACAAAGUUAUUCUGAUUUCAGAACCACUGAAAACUAGACCAUUUGAAUGUUCUAUUAUCUAAAGGCCCUGGAAGUUGUGCAGACUAUUUGAGUAAUAAUGAAAAAAAAUAGCUAACCUUUAUAUAGCACUUUAAGAUUUGCAAAGUGCCUUAAUGUAUUGUCCUAUGUGAAUUAUUUGGGACAAAGUAAAAAUAAUUAAAUUUGUUGACUUUCAUUGAAUUUAUAAAGUGACACGUUCUUUAAUUCUUCAUCAUGAAAUCACACUUUUAUUACAUUGGAUAUUAUGCAUAGCUCUGCUGAACAGCCCAUUUUUUCCAAGCUUAGCCUUUAGCUCAUAGGUUUUCAAUAGAAUUUAAAUUGGGAAAAUUCAUAUGCCAUGAUAGUGUGUUAAUCUCCAUCUCUUGUGCUUACCAUUUUUGUGUGACAUAGUGUGCAGGGCCACAUUGCAAUAUGCCAUUUCUAUUUGGGAAAUAUUCUGAGUCUGAAACAAUUCUACUUUUUUAAAAUAACCAUAUAGUUACCAGCAGUCAUCAUUCCCUCAGUGAGAAUAAGACUGAAAAAAAUUAAAAUUCCCAAAACAUUUUUUGGGGUAGCUGUUUUUACAGACUAGUGAAGAUGUUCAAACCGUAUAAGCUCAGGAACAACUUCUAACAACAGUUUCAGCAUAGCUUUGAGUAAAAGAGUUCAUUUCAUCAGUAAAAGUUUUACCCUUUUCCAAUCUUCAACUCUUUGGUCUUUGUCUUAACUGUGACAGGUAUUUUUCCUUCAUGGCAAAAGCACUUUAGCAUCUGGGGUAGGAAUGAUUUUUUUGUUGUUACUGUUUUUUGUUUCACACUGCUCAUCUUACUAUUCUUCUAGCUUCAAAAUGCCUGUUUCACAUUAUAGAGGAAUAGUCCUUCCAGAUUCUAGGCAUUCUUUUUCACUUUCUACCACACCUCCCUUCCAGGCAACUGAUCCUGUUUAAUUAGUGUUCCCUAAAGUGCUUUACUUUUCCACACCAUUCUAUUGCAAUAUGGUCAUUGAAGUAUGUCUUUAAGAACUCCAACUUUUGCAUGCUUCCUCAUCCAUUUUUAAAACCCGCAAUAUUAAAAACACAAGAAAAUAGUGAAAUGUGUAUAGCACAAAAUCCAGCAUUCAGCUAGCAGACAAAGGUUAGAAAAAAAACCUCAAUCUGAGAUCAUUUGGUAUCAAGGUCAAAUGUUAUAUCCACCUAAUUUCAGUAGAAGCACAAACUCAUGACCAUUGCUUGUCCCAAAUAAUUGUACCUCUGUACAUUAUCUCAUUUAGAUUGUACCUAAUUAGAAUCAUACCUGUGAAAUCGGUAUAUAAUGUCCAUUUUACAAAUGAGGAAACAGGCUUAUGGAUGUUAGAUGACUUGCCCUGUGUCAGAGGAAGGAUUUUAAUUGAUCUGUGACUUCAGUUUCAGUGCUUGUUUGACUAUCCUCUGCUGCUUCCCUAUACUAUAAAACAUGAUACCUAAAAAUUGUAUUAAUUGGAACAUAAGAUAGAGUUGGAGAGACAUUUGGAGUUGUGCUUCAGUUCCUAUGUGUGCUGGAUGGGGACUGAUUGAGGAGUGUUUUGUACUUUAAGAUGGGCACUCUCUAUUAUUAAAUAUUCUUGCUAUAGCUGCCACAGAAUCAACCCCUCCAUUCCUAAUUUGAGUCACUUUCAAUAAGACUUUAAUAUGAUUUAAGACAAUUUAAAAUAUUUUACUUUGCAGGAAGAUUAAGAGUGCAUGCAGGGCAGCUAGGCAGCUCAGCUGACAGUGAGCCAGAUCUGGAGAUGGGAAAUCCUGGGUUCUGAUCUAGCCUCAGAUACUUCCUAGCUGGGUGACCCUGGGCAAGUCACUUAACCCCCAUUUCCUAGUCCUUAACACCUUUCUGCAUUGGAACUGAUACUUAGUAUUGAUUCUAAGACAGAAGGUAAUGGGUGUUGUUGUUGUUUUUUAAGUGAUGUGUGAGUGUGUAUAUAAAUAAUUUUUAGAGACAUGCUCUAAUUUGUCAUUGUCACUAUAUAUACACAGACACUAUAGGAAAAAUAAAGGAAAGAUUAUAUGUGUAUAUGUAAAGGAUGUGUAUAUAAUCUUUCAUUUAUUUUUUCUGAAAUUUUUUUCCACCACUGAAAGGUUUCCUUCUGUAGUUUCUUUGUAGAAUUCCAGGCCCAGCUAUACUGCUCACUAACAAUGUGACUUGAAAAAGUUGCUUCCCCUCUCUGGAGCUGUUUCUUUCUCUGUAAAAUGGAAGAAUUGAACUAUUUGAUCUCUGAGGACUCUUCCAGUUCUAAAAGUCUGUGGUAUUGUAACAAAACCAUCUUGAGAUGACUUGCGUGCCCUUCCUGGACAUAUAACCUCAAAUUUGUUGUUCUUUUUUUUUUUUUAACCUUUACCUUCUGUCAAUACUGUGUAUCAGUUCCAAGGCAGAAGAAGUGACUUGCCCAGCGUCACACAGCUAGGCAGUUGUCUGGGACCAUAUUUGAACCCAGGACCUCUCAUCUCUAAACCGGACUCUCAAUCCACUGAGCCACCCAGCUGCCCCUGUUAUUCAUUUUUAAGGAGAAGCCACAGUAGUAGCUCUCCAAAUCCCUUGCUUCCAGUAUCACUUUUUGCAGAUUAAGCACAGAUUUAUUAGACAUUUCCCCAGAACUGUUUGCUCCCCAAGAGGAGGGAGGGAUGUCGUACAAGCCAUACUUUGAUACUUCUGGGAUCCAUUGUUAUAUCUGUGUAGGUGCUUCCUCUAACAGUACUGAUCAAGUUCUCUACUUAGUUGACAGUCUUUCUGAGUUACUAUGACUGAAAAAAAAUUAUCUGAUAGCCAGUCUUUUGGUGACAUGCCUCUGAGAAUAUAAGCCUGUCCUUGGACAACAGGUACUCCAUUCAUCACCAGUCACCAGUCCUAUCCAUGAAGCCUUCCAGUUUGAUAGGAUGUACCAGAGCUCACACUCCAGUCGUACAGCCUUCAAGAAUCCAGGGUUACUUCCACACCAUGAAGAGACAUUAGACAAGGACUUCAGACUUAUAUGAUCUCCAAUUUCCUUUGCUUGGAGAUUGCAGAAUUAAGUGAUAAUGGCAAUGACUAACUCAUGUAUUGGUUUGAUGGAUGGAAUGUAUGAAAUAAAACCCUUACUUCAGUUUGAA